GUUGAGACAGGAACAGGACCAAAACUUGAACUUGUAUCCCAAGUGCAGUGUGGCGUAAAAAGGCUGCAACGAUUUUCGAAAUUGAAGCAUUUGAGCAUGCAACGAAGAUUCGUGAGAUUUUGAUGACAUCAUGCCGUCAUCUCACAGACAGGCGAAUCAGGUCGGUCGAUGCAAUGUGUCGUGUAAAGGAUGAAAUUAGCUAUUGGUCUUUUAUUUCUUCAAAGUCAAGCCAGUCCCCCCGUUGCUUCACACGAAAUAUCCCGCUUAAUUUUGUGUAUUUGUAUCGAUUCUCACUAGUUUUCUUUUACGUUCCUGCCAUUUCAAAAUCAAACUCAAAGCUAAAUUUUUUUACACACACCAUUUGUUUCUUGCACACUCCUGUUCGUUUUCCUACUGGUUGUCGUUGCACAAACUUUGAGUACAGCUCAGGAAAGGCAAGAUUGAAGCAUAGACUCAUUGUCGUUUGGUUUUUCUUCCGCUCGUCGACAGCUCGCGUCGAGUUUGAGCACACCCUCCUUUGCUGUGUCUGCGAAUCAAUUGCGAUGCGGAGCCUGGUCACGGACACGGAAGGCUGGUAGUGCAACGUGGUUGCUGCUGGGAAGAUUGCAGCACUUCUACCUGCGUCACGACACUCAACAUACUGAAGAGGUUUUUGUAACAGGACGAUGUCUGGAUCGGCUGCUCAAAACCUCGCAACGAAUCCAUAUGCGCAGCGCGUCGGGCGAAGUACUUACGUUCUUUUUUUUCGACGCAUGAUUGGAAUGUGUACUUCUCCUACCAAAAGUGUUUGAAACUGUGGCCACCGCUCGCUGGCAAUAAUCAUUCCAAAAUUAAUGAACAACUAGACACUCUGAAACUAUGCAACACAGAUUACGCCGCGAACGCAGCCCAGGGCGCGGCACAAAAGGCAAAAAGCGGCAUAAUCGAGUUGAAACUAUAUGUGGAAGAAAAUCCAACAAGCCUGCGCGUAGCCCUGCUGGUGGGAGCCACGCUUCUCGCACUGUUUUCCUUCAUAGGUUUCAUCAGUGUCUUCGCAGUCUUCAAGCCAGGACAGUAUUAUUUCUGAAUUUUUGUUGUUUGCUAAUCAUGCUAGUACGGCCGCUCACACUUUUUCGCCAUGUUGGGUUCUUUCUUUUCAGCUUUUUCUUUUCUUGGAACUCCUGAAAAUGUUGACAGUCUGUCCGUAUUCUAUACUGAAAAACAAAAUCAUCCAAUCGCAAUCAGGCUGCUGAUAAACCUGUACAACUUCAUUUUCGCGAUCAUCAUCAUUAUCCUGGAGGGCAAGGAGGGAUGGUGCGGAGGUAUGCAGCGAAGAUUGUACGAGAAGGCCGCAUUUCUCGGCUCCGGCUGCGGCAAGGGCGGUUUCAUUCUCUGGGUCGGCACGAUGAUAUUCUGUGUCGAUUUGGAGUACGCGAGUACCUUCUGGAGUGUCAUGUACAUUCUCCUCGGGAUCCUCUUUUGCGGGCUGGGGCUCAUGCAGAUUCAACAAUCAACAUGUCCGGGCUGCUGUCCCGGGGGCAACCGCGACGGCCAGGGCCACGCCAGAUUCAACGACGACGCAGGGGGAGCACCCGCGGGCGCACCGCAACCUGGUCUCGGCUCGAGGCCAUCAGCCCUCUCCGCCGAAAGACCAGGGGGAAAUUCUGUGUGAGGCUGUAUGGUAAAAAGAAAAACUACUUACUCAAGACACGUGACUUGUGAUAUAUCGCAAAGGCAAUGAUUGCUCAUGGAAAUGGAUGAGGUUCCCGCCGUCGGAUUCCUACGCGAAGACAAGUCCAAGUCGAGAACGUUUGCAACAGUACUAGAGAAAAUUCUCGGGUUCUUCAUGAACUACGUAAUGUGCUGAACGUAUGGCAACAUACCGAACGUAUAGGUAUAGCAAACGCAAAAGGUCGGCCCAUUGUGUUUC